AUGCGUGACAUCCACGCAAAGGACUCUGUGGCACUCCUACGUAGCCAGGGCAUCGACUUUGCACGCAAUGCAAUGGCUGGAGUUUCUUCGGUGCAUUUUGCGAAGUUGGCAGCAGCAUCCGGGUUGCUGUUCAACAAAGCACUGACAUGGGUCACAUUGCAUGGUGCUUAUGAUAUUGGAUAUUUGGUGAAGAUUCUGACAUGGGGUGUUCUUCCGACAAGCUUGGAGGAGUUCUUGGUGCUUGCCAAAGUGCUGUUUGGGGGAAAUGCUUAUGAGGUGAAGCAUGUGAUGAGGUUCUGCAAUGACCUCUAUGGCGGUUUGGAGAAGGUAGCUGACACACUUCAGACUAUUGGGUCGAUGGCUGCUUCAGAGUUAUCAUAUAUUGUGUUCACAACAAGCAUAUAA